AUGCAGACCAAGACGCUCCUCCUCGCACUCUUCGCAGCAGCUACUGCAGCAGCAACCACCAUCCCCGCUCGCGCUGCCAACGCCGCCCUAUUCGGUAGUUGCAACCCAGCCAUGGACUUCCAAUUCGGACGACCCGGCCGCAAAGCCACCGAAGGCACCUUCCUCCCAGUCGACCCAACCGUCGCCAAGGGACAAAGCGACGCCUUGAACCCCAACAUCAUCACCAACGCCAUCUGCAACAACCUCGUCAAUGACUGUGGUGUUGCGAAGGAUUCUGAGGGAGAGACCAAGUGUCUGGCUGCCAAGGCUGUCGUUGCAGCGUUGACGACCAAGGAUGCCACGACCGCUGACGCUUUCAACAACGCUCUUGGUGUUUCUGCUUAG